AAUAAUACUUUUUAUUCUACAAAAAAUAAUGUUUCCCUUGUUUAAUCUUGAUGAAGUACAGCAACAAGAAAAGACCCAUAGUCAUCCUUGGGAAAGAUUUAUAAAAGAUGCGUACAUAACCAGCAUAAAAACUGCACAUAAUUCAAUUAAUAAUCCUCGCUAUCCAGCAAAGAAGGAAAAAAGUACUGGAAAACCCAUUGAGCGAGUAAAAUUUACGGUUAUUGGCAAUAGAGUUACCAAAGAAUUUAUUUAUUGCAUCAAUUUAGUAAAAGGUCUCUAUAAGUACAGGAGAGACUACUUUGAAUCUCCUGUUAUAAGAGGUGUAACUAGCGUCGAUUGGCCACAUGUAUGGAAUGAUUUAAAAAUUCAAUACGGUGGCCUAGCCUACUGCUUGACGUCCCAAGUCGUGGUAUUCCUCAAUGACAAAAUCGUUGGCGGAGAAAAGGAACUAAAAGAGUUAAUUGAAAAGACAUACACAUACCACCUGUCUUUGAAUUAUUAUUAUGAAAGUGUCAAACAGUUUUCAAAUUUUAUUAAAGGCUCUGGUAGACCUACAGUUUUCAUGCACAUAUCGAUAAAUGAUGAACACAUUGGGACGAUGAUAUUUAUGCUCUAUGCCGAUGUGGUACCAUACACUUGCGAGAACUUUUUGCGUUUAUGCAAGGCAAAAAAAGGCGGGUACAGCGGCACCCCAGUGCACCGGAUCGUGAAAGACGGCUGGAUACAAUGUGGAGGAUAUGGUUUAAAGAGCACGAACCUGGAUUGCGAAAACUUUAUAGUGCCGCCUGAUAAACGUGGGGUGCUUUGCAUGGCUAAUGCUGGCAGGCACGUGGAUUGUUCAACUCAAUUUUUCGUCCUUCUUCAACCUUCCCCUUGGAUGCUACACAAGUAUGUGGCGUUCGGUCAGCUCAUAGACGGAGAUAGCACUCUACGUAAAAUCGAAAAUGUUGAGACUUGGUAUGAAUCACCGAAAAAAAAUAUCGCCAUUUAUCAAGCUGGAAUUUUUAACAUAGACUGUCAAGAUAUAAUGAUAAAUCGAAGUGCACAUGAAUAUAUACAUGGACACAUUGAGGACCUAUUCGCAUUGGGAGAGGCGUUAUGGGAGGAAAUAAUUGGAAGAGUAUUCUUAAAAAUACAGAUGCGUGAAAAUGCAAUUCUUGAAGCUCUUGAAAAUGAGGAAGAACAAGAUUCAAACGAAUUGCACCUUCACGCCACCGCAAGGUUCAUGAAGAAAGGAACUGCACCAAAUAUGUCAAAAGCUCAAAAAUCUAAGAGCCAAGAUGAGUCAAAGUCAACACAGCACCGCGAACAACAACCGCCGGAGAGUGAGCAUGAAAAUAAUGAUUUCGACGUGUCUGAGUACCAAUAUGAGGCAGAAGACGACUUGUACAAGGAGAAAGAUUUGAUAUCUGUGAAAGAAUCAGAAAGUCUCGUAGUUAAACCUGAAAACCCGUAUUACAUACCACUUACAGAUGUGCCAUAUCCUGGGGAAGUGAGCUCAGAAUAUGAUUUGAAAAAAUUUCUAAGGGGCGAUUAUUGCUUAGAAACAGAUCUGGAAAAGGAUAAAGUUGAAGAAGGUAUAUACGUCCAUGAAGUUGAAACAUUUCCGGCUGAAUUAUUGCAGUUAGCAUCAAAGGAGUCUUCGGAUGCAUCAGAGAAAUCGGUAGAUUCGGACCAGGAAGCGGAAAUAAAACAGUUUUUGAAAUACAACACUGACACUGCUAGUUUUGCCGGUGAGAUCAUACGAGGCAUAUCACGAGCUAAGCACGAUGGAAUUUUGCUGAACCCAAGAAAGGCUGCAUUAACUGACAACGAACUCCGUUACAAAAAGCAAGUGUCUAUGUUAGUUCCCGAUGAUUCAAAACCAGCAAGGCAAAUAAAAAGGAAACAAACGGGUUUUUAUAGGCCCUGCGAUUGGAAACUAGAAAAAUGUGAAGAUAAUGACAGUAUCGAGGGUCUAAGGUAUGUGCGCAUAGACCCAGGGUCAGUGGCCUGGGCCCCCCCGUCGAAGAUAAAUCGCAGGGCCACUGCUUACUCGCGACCCGGCGCCUUCGAUUCCGGCCUGGACUUGCACGUCCACCAUCGCAAACGUCCAGAAUUGUUCCAUUUCCUUGACGAUGAGGACGAAUUUACGGCACCAACUUUAAAAGAAUUCAGGCAUGAUGCUUCAGAGAUAAAAAGCAUGAUGUUGACAAGUACAAAACUACAAAUUGCAUCAGAGGACCAAGUCAAACACUAUCGUCCCUAUAUAACCAGCAGGGAGACCACUCCGAAGAAGCCCGCCCGUAUUAGUUUCGAAUCACUGAAAACUUCUAUGCGAAGUGUCGCUUACGCGAGAAAACGACCUUCCAUGUCAGUCGAAGAGUAUCAAUUGAGAAAUCAACAAUAUAAGGCGAAGAUGCAGGAAUAG